CGGGGCAUGACUGACGUACCCGGGCGAUAAAGAAGCCUCUGCCGGGGACUUCCACGAAAUGAAAACGUCUUAUUUUCUAACCAAGUUUUCCUUUCCAAAAUACAUAUUCUCCUUUCUAACUUCCUCUUUUUUAAUUGAAUCUUCAGAUCUUACUUAACGAUCUUGAACUAGCAAAAGAUUUCCCCAAUUAUACUUUUUCUUGUGCUAUUUCUCUAAAUUAGGUGCCCACGGAAUAAACAAUGCCAAGUUAUAAAUAAGAGCUUCCAUCACAUAAUUUAUUGCAAAACCAAAUAAGUCACCAAAAAAAGAAGUAAGAGAUAGAUGGAAUGGGAAUGGAGCUAUCUGUUUUUUUCUUCAAUCAUCUUGUUAUCAGUUUUCGUUCUAUUUUUUUCUCAGAAAACGACUACUAAAUGUUCUUACAAAUUACCUCCAGGACCACCUGGAUUACCAAUUUUUGGUAACAUGUUUGAACUAGGAACAGAGCCAUACAAAAAUAUGUCAGUUCUAAAACAGAAAUAUGGCCCUGUUUUAUGGUUAAAACUUGGCACCUCAACAAACAUUAUGGUUGUUCAAACAGCUCAGGCUGCUGCAGAACUAUUCAAGAAUCAUGAUACUUCCUUCGCAGAUCGACCAAUAAUCGAUGUAAAUUCAGCACACAAUUUCUAUCAAGGGUCUUUGGCUAUAGGCCGAUAUAGCCCCUUUUGGCGGUUUCAAAGGCGGAUAUGUACUGUGGAAAUGUUUGUACACAAAAAGAUCAAUGAAACAGUGCCAGUAAGGCGAAAAUGUGUGGAUAAUAUGUUAAAAUGGAUAGAGAAAGCAGCGAAUUCUGCUGAAAAAGGAAGUGGGAUUGAGGUAACGCGUUUUGUGUUCCUAGCAUCGUUUAAUAUGCUAGGGAAUUUAAUUCUGUCGAAAGACUUGGCUGAUCCAGAAUCCAAGGAGGCCUCAGAUUUCUUCAGUGCCAUGAAGGGAAUCAUGGAGUGGACAGGUAUUACUAAUAUUUCUGAUAUAUUUCCAUUUCUUAGAAAGUUCGAUUUACAAAAUUUGAGGAAGAAGAUGACGCGAGACAUGGGGAAGGCCAUGGAAAUCGCGUCUAUGUUUCUCAAGGAACGCGAGGAAGAACGAAAGAAAGGUACAGAGAAGGGGAAAGAUUUCUUGGAUGUGUUGCUUGAAUUUGAAGGCACUGGAAAAGAUGAACCAGCUAAAUUAUCAGAACACGAGAUCAAAGUAUUAAUAGUGGAAAUGUUUUUAGCUGGCUCAGAGACGACGAGCAGCAGCGUAGAAUGGGCACUAACAGAGCUUUUGCGCCAUCCACAAGCAAUGGCCAAUGUGAAAACAGAGAUAUCAAAAGUCGUAGGACCAAACAGCAAGUUUGAAGAAAGUGACAUCGAAAAGCUUCCUUAUAUGCAAGCUGUAAUCAAAGAAUCGCUUCGUUUACAUCCUCCUCUACCUUUCUUGAUCCCAAGAGAGACAAUUCAAGACACCAAGUUCAUGGGAUACGACAUACCAAAAGGCACUCAAGUCCUCGUAAAUGCCUGGGAAAUUGGAAGAGACCCUGAAUGUUGGGACGACCCUAUGAAUUUCAAACCUGAGAGGUUUCUUGGGUCGAAAAUAGACGUGAAGGGUCAGCAUUAUGAGCUAAUUCCAUUUGGUGCUGGACGGAGGAUGUGCGUUGGCUUGCCUUUAGGCCAUCGCAUGAUGCAUUUCGCUCUUGGAUCGUUGCUUCAAGAAUUCGAAUGGGAGCUUCCUGAUGGUGUCUCCCCCAAAUCAAUUAAUAUGGAUGAAAGCAUGGGAAUAACAGCCAGAAAACGCGACUCUUUGAAAGUCAUACCAAAAAAGGCUUAACUACUUAUCGUAUAGUUAUUAAAUGCAUAUUUUUCUUCGUAAUACUAAGUAUUUGUAGUGUUUGUCAAAUAAGACUAUAAUUUGGAGAAAUUGAUAUAUGAAUGUCCAUCCGAAUUUAUGAAUCUUUACAAGGAGAUGGAGCAACUUGUGAGUAUCUGUUAAGACUUUUUUAUUAUUUAAAGUGGGAUUUAAUUAAUAUUAAUAUAGAAUUCAUAGUUUAUAG